GCUGGAGUUCGUGCAGAUCAUCAUCAUCGUGGUGGUGAUGAUGGUGAUGGUGGUGGUCAUCACGUGCCUGCUGAGCCACUACAAGCUGUCCGCGCGCUCCCUCAUCAGCCGGCAAAGCCAGGGCCGCCGGAGGGAAGAAGCCCUCUCCUCUGAAGGCUGCCUGUGGCCCUCGGAGAGCACCAUGUCGGCCAGUGGGAUCCCAGAGCCACAGAUCUAUGCCCCACCGCGGCCCGCCGACCGCCUGACCGUGCCCCCCUUCACCCAGCGGGACCGCUUUCACCGCUUCCAGCCCACCUACCCAUACCUGCAGCAUGAGAUCGACCUGCCACCCACCAUCUCACUGUCAGACGGCGAGGAGCCCCCGCCCUACCAGGGCCCCUGCACCCUCCAGCUGCGGGACCCCGAGCAGCAGCUGGAGCUGAACCGCGAGUCGGUGCGUGCGCCCCCGAACAGAACCAUCUUUGACAGCGACCUGAUGGACAGCAGCCUGCUGGGUGGCCCCUGCCCCCCCAGCAGUAACUCGGGCAUCAGCGCCACGUGCUACGGCAGCGGUGGGCGCAUGGAGGGGCCGCCCCCCACCUACAGUGAGGUCAUCGGGCACUACCCCGGGUCUGCAUCCUUCCAGCACCAUCAGGGCAACGGGCCACCCUCCCUGCUGGAGGGCAGCCGGCUCCAUCCCGCACACAUCUCGCAUCUGGAGAGCACAGCGGUCUGGAGCAAGGAGAAGGAGAAACAGAAAGGACACCCUCUCUAGGAAUCCGGGGGGCCGGGGCUGGGGCAGCCGUAGGUGAAAAGGCACAACACUCCGCACUUCUUAGAAGAAAAGAGAGCAAGGAGGACAGGAUGACACAGAAAACACAUGUACCCAUCCUUCCCCCACCUCUCUGUGUAUAAAUAUUGACAUGUUCUGUUUGGUCUGAAUGCACAAGCUAGAAAGCUUGCAAAAAAAACAAAAAACAAAACAAAAAAAAACCAUGUUUCUUUGUUGAGCUGUGUCUUGA